AUGACUAGCGUGCUCGGUCAUCUAACUGGCCUGGAAUUUGAUCGUCAGUACAAGGGUUGGAUGUCCUGUCCACCCGGAGCUUUGUUCGAAGCUCCAGUUCAGGAAGAUGUUGAUAAGGACAAAAAGCCUAUUGCGGACAACAUUCGGAAUCAGGCUAAGUACAGUAAAGCACUGUUCAUCUGGACUGAUUGUGAUCGUGAAGGCGAGCAUAUCGGGGCCGAGGUUCGCAAUCAGGCAAAAGCUGGCAAUGCUCGAAUCGAGGUUAAGCGAGCCAGCCAUGUUCUUCAAGCGGCUCGAGAGCCUGUUGAACUUGAUGAGUUCCAGGCAAAUGCAGUUGCCGCUCGGAUUGAGCUUGAUUUGCGAAUCGGCGCUGCCUUUACUCGUUUGCAGACUCUCCAGCUUCAGGCCGUGUCAGCCGUCCUGAAGGAAAAGGUCAUCAGCUACGGAUCAUGUCAGUUCCCCACGUUGGGAUUCGUGGUCGAUCGAUACCUCCGAGUCCAGAACUUCAAAGCCGAGACUUUCUGGAGCAUCAAGGUCAUGCUUUCGCGAGAAGGCAAAAAGGUCAAUUUCCUCUGGAAACGUGUUCAUCUCUUUGAUCGUGCAGCCGUCACAAUGAUGCUGGAACGGUGCCUCAUGGCAAAGCAGGCGAGAGUUACGAAAGUUAACCAGAAACCGAAGAGUAAAUGGCGACCUCUUCCUUUGACAACGGUGGACCUUCAAAUGAUGGGCAGUCGUUUCCUUCGCCUAGACAGUCAAACCAUCAUGAAGGUCGCCGAGGCACUUUACACGAAGGGAUACAUCAGCUAUCCCCGUACCGAGACGGACCAAUUCGACAAGGCCAUUGAUCUGAAGAAGCUUGUCGAGAAACAAUUUCCGGAUAAUCAAUGGGGUCAAUAUGCCAAAGACCUUAUUGAUGGCAAAUUUCGGACCCCUCGAUCUGGCCGUAACAACGAUAAGGCCCACCCUCCCAUUCAUCCAGUCUGCUGGGUAUCACCUAGCCAACUGAACGCCAACGAGAAAAAGGUCUACGAAUUCGUGGUCCGGCGUUUCCUAGCUUGUUGCUCGGAUGACGCCAAAGGCCAAGGAACUGAUAUUGAAAUCCAAUACGGAGAGGAAUUCUUCCACGCCAGUGGCCUGAUCGUUUUGGAGAGGAACUACCUCGAUGUCUAUGUCUACGACAAAUGGGAAAGCAGCCAGCAACUUCCCAAUUUCGAGAGAGGAGAAAUGUUCGAACCCACCGAGGCAAAUAUCUCCGAGGGUAAAACAACGGCGCCGAAUUACUUGACCGAGCCCGAGCUUAUCGGUCUUAUGGAUGCCAAUGGCAUUGGUACCGAUGCGACAAUGGCUGAACAUAUCGCCAAAAUCAAGGAACGAGAAUACGUCGUGGUGCACCCCCGUGGCAGCGGCAGAAGCAAAGUUGAAGAGCUCAUUCCCACGAGGUUAGGCGUUGCACUUGUGGAGGGAUAUGAUAAUGUGGUAGCAGGCCUUCCCAACAGCAUCUCGCUCAGCAAGCCCUUCCUUCGUAAAGAAAUGGAACUGCGAAUGCUCGAGAUUUGUGCAGGGUCUAAGUCUCGGCAGGAGGUAGUACAGCAGAGUCUGGAUAUGUACCGGGAAGUCUUUAUUCAUACUCAACGGCGGAUCGAGAUGCUCAAAGCAGCGUGCCGGAAGUACCUUAACGAGCAACCAGCGUCAUGA